AUGGCCCUCAUCACCAACUUAUUUACACAAGUGUCUCACAAUAGAGUCCCACGUGCUCUGAUAACCUUCUCCGCACCUGCCCUCACAUUCAUACAAGAGGUCGAGCUGAUCUGGAGGCAACGGUGGUCCCUCAUGAUGAUUCUGUACCUCAGCGUGCGCUACGGCGGAACCAUAUAUGCUGUCAUUAGUAUACAGGUCGGUGUUCCGACAAUCUCGGUGACCAAUACAUUCAUCAGUCGUCUGAAGGACCUUGGGAGAAGCUGUGUCAGGUCGCUGUCCCGGGUGCUGAAUAUGACUCUCAAGAUCGCCAGCCACAUCCAAAAUGUUUGGAAGGGGACACGGGUGGACCUUCUCAACUACAUCUACAGAUUGUUAGACAACCGAGAGAAGAGUCAAAUCAUUUGGCUGCAUGGCACAGCAGGCGUCGGAAAGUCUGCUGUUGCGUUUACUGUAGCUGAAAGGAUGAGAUCUCUGAAAGUGAUGGAGGAGACGAAUAUCGAAACAAGACUUGCGGGGACAUUCUUUUUCUCUUGCAAGCACACACAAUGCAGCACGACUGGACAUUUCUUUGCGACGCUUGCCUACCAGCUUGCGAGAAAUUUUCCCAGUGUCAAGAUGCACGACAAUGGAGCUAUCCGCAAGGAUCCUGUGCUUUUAGACCCCAGCAAGUGUCUUCAGGACCAGAUGAAGGCGUUAUUUCGUCAACCUCUCUCAAACCUUCAAUGGAGACUGCGCGAGUGUAUGCCUCCAAUGUUUGUUAUCGAUGCCCUUGAUGAAUGUAAACCCAAAACCGUCGCUGAGCUGAUCUCCCUUCUUGGCCAAGCUCUUCGUGAUCCUGAUCUUCCCGUGAUCCACAUUCUGCUCAUGAGUCGCUUGGAAGAGCAUAUCCGUAAAGCCAUCCAGAAAGAAGAUAUGCGCUCGCUGGUGUGCUCGAUACCGGUGAACAUUUCUGGGGAGGGCGUUUUUGGGACCAUCUCAUUAGACGGCACAGAUGUUGACAACGACAUCUAUAUUUUCUUGCAGCAUUCCUUCAGAGACCUGCAAAUUGUCAUCCCGAUUUCCCGCAGCCCUCCGCGGAUGAGCUUGCACGCCUGGCGAGCUGAGCAGGCAGACGCUCGGCUUGAGCUCUUGCUCAAGCUAACGAGUGAAUUGCUGCCAGGAAUGGAGGUGUACGAGUUAUAUGAUCGCAUCCUUUCCAUAUGUGCAGACCCAAAGCGGGCAUAUCUGCACUUGUCCGUUGUCGCGGCCCUUGCUGAUCCUCUGCCUAUUUCACAGAUCUCCAAACUGCUUGGACCUGGCCAAGGCAUGGACGUCGAGAUAACACUGGCGCAGCUACAGUCCAUCAUGGAUAUUCCUACUGAUAGCAGUCUCCCCAUGAACCCCUCAAACUGCCGCCUGUCCGAAGUACAGUCGCAGGCAUCUAUCCCAGCCCACUUCCUACUCGCCGAAUGCUCUUUCUGCUUGAUGGUGCGAGACAUACCAAAAAGCACGGCCCUUCUGGAUGUGCUCUUAGAAUUGAAGGAGCACAGCCAAACUGUGCAAACCCACGACCCCCAGAGUUUACAACAAUCACUAGCCUUUAUCAUCGAGCCACCAGAGCCACUGCACGUUCUUACGGGUCUGCUAUGGCUUUGGGGAGUUCGCGGUCCAGAUUUGCGGUCCUGGCUAGAAACCCCGGAUGGAUAUGCAUGGCUGCAGACCCAAGGAGGGGAUGACUGGUUGCAGAUGGAGGAGGGGGGGAACUGGCUGCCCACUCGCAAGGGGGGGGGACUGGCUGAAGACACAUGCAGGGAACACAUGGCUACAGACCGAGAGCGGGGGAGAGUGGCUGCAGAGUGGCAGAGGGUGGAUAUGGGCUCAGAAAUGGCGACAUGUUGCUAG